AUGAGGCUUGGUUCACGUGAAAGUUCCUUUCAGUUUACAACUAAAGGAGGAAAGGGACGAGUUGGCGUCAUUCAGAAAUUCACCGUUCCCAGAAGCGCCCGCUAUCUCAUCAAAGCCUGGGGAGCCCGGGGAGGAACACAUUCGUACAACUAUGGAUACAAUCCCGGAACUUACUAUGGCGGCAAGGGUGCGUACAUUGAAGGCAAGUUCAGACUGACUAAAGGAACAGUGCUGAAUAUUGUGGUGGGACAGAGAGGAGGAAACUCGGUGGAGGUGAAAGGAGGAAGGAGGACUACCCAGACAGCAGCUCAGCUAGGGCUAUCUGUAGAGGACAAUGCUGGUACGGGUGGAGGGGGAGGCGGUUUUGUUUAUACUACAAGUAACAUACUUUUGUUAGCUGCCGGAGGGGGAGGGGGUGCGUCUGGUGGAUAUAACGGUGUGGAUGGUCAGGCGGGAACAAGUGGCACCAGUAGUGUGGGGAGACAUUCAUCUUAUGUGCGAAAGGGAGGUACUGGGGGGCAGCCAGGUGAAUGCAAUAGACCAGGUGGUGCCUUCCAUGGGGGAGUUGGUACGGGCUGGUAUGCUCAAGGGUGUGACAGAGGAGGUUCUUACCAUGGAGAGAGAGGCGGAUCACGAGCUCAAGGUUGGAUUGGAGGUCAGGCGGGAGGUAUGAACAGUGGAAGUAACGGAGGGCCUUCCCCUGGCGCGGUUGGAGGCUUUGGUGGCGGGGGAGGGGGUGCAGAGGACAACGGCGCAUCAGGUGGAGGUGGAGGGUAUUCUGGGGGAGGAAGCGGUACCCAUCCAAACCAAGCCGGUGGGGGAGGGGGUUCGUAUUGCAGUGGUGAUAGUUGCUCUGGUGUGACUGGUGGUAACGUGAAUGAUGACGGUCUUGUACAAAUCACAGUUAUCUGACUAGCAACAAAGAGUUAAACUCGUUCCAGGACUUUUUCAGUUUCAAUGACAGUUUGAACAAGUACCAGUUAUGGGCUAGUUAGUCGAUCCUGCAGUAUUUGUAUCGAAGUUGCUUACCAACAUAAAAUGUACAUAUCAGACGGUGUUAAUGUGGCAAGUUUGAGUGUAGUUACAUUUUCUUUCAAUGGUUGCUAAUUGACUAAUAACUCACGAGCUAUCUUUGUGUCUGAUCAAAGAUUCGGCAAAAACAGCACUUGUUCUCCGACUGAAAGGCCAUACUCUUUUCAUGCUCCAACGAUUUAUACCCACUCGGCGUAAAAUGAAACUUUGUGAGUUUUUAACGUGCAUCUAUGCUGCCCAACGAUUUCAGUUAUAUUUUUUCCCCUGGUAAAUAAUUGCCCGCUCAAUUCAUUGUCGAAUUUUAUCAUCCUGCUUUUACGUAUCGCAUAGACGUUCAACGAUGUUAAAUAUUUACGUCGAACUAAGUUCUUUUUUUUUUUACUUUGAUAAAAGCGAAAGCGGUGUAGGUUGUAUUAUAUAAGUUUGCACUAUGUCUGUUUGAGACAUUACUUGUACGUUUGCAAGGAUUUUUUUAUAGGAUUCCAAGCAUCUUAGUCUUGCAGCCUUACUCCGAAACUUACUAUACAGUGAGCAGUGAAAUGCUGUCUGCUAAGUCACUGAAGCAACCCCAGAUACUUUUGCCUAUGUCUUUGUAAACUCAACUCAUCUCAGCAAAAGCGUUACAUGUAUAACGGUUUUUCUCCUUGUGAUGAUUUUUCUUUUCGGUUUCCAAUAUAGCUAGCGUUAGUGUUUUGAUUCAAUUCAAUUCACUUCAGUUUUUUUUUAUUUACACUAUAAAGAAUUUAGCUACAUAGGUUUAGUAAUGAAGAUCAGUAGUAAAAUAUCAAGAAAAAUAUGAGGCCGUAAAAAAAUAGAAUUUGUAUAUGAGCGGUGACCAAAGUAGCAAGCUAGAGCGUUCUGUUUGCAUACAAGGUUAAGAUUUCUUUUAACAUAACGUAUGUUAUGACAUCUUACUGAUCAUUUCAGGUAAUUAAUUGAUACUUUUGUAGUGUUACAACUUAGUUUGUAAUAAAUAUUUGUAGCAAAUGUU